UGCCACGUCACUCCCUCCACCUCACUACGAAAAAAGAAAGCUCUAUUUCCAAGAACUUAUCCGUUAGUCACUACUCAUUACUCACCCCCAACCGGCUAAAUCCAGUCACCCCCUCUCUAAAAUAACCCAUCCCCCCUUCAUCACCAUCCCGCUUCCUCCGGUUCCCUGUCUCCCUCACUAACUUUCUCGCCGAUCCUCUGUUAUUAAUCAAGUAAAUUUGCCUUAUGUUGAUUCUCCGUUAAGAUUUUUUUUUAGGCUGCACUUCUCAAAUUCGAGAUAGUUUAUAAUUCAGUCAAAUCAUUUCAUUUUUAUUUUUCUGUUAAUAUGAAUAUGUAAAUUUUUAGAUAGUAGGAUAAUUAAAGGCAGAUAUUUUUUUACCGGAGCAAGCAAAAUGAGCGGCGGCGGCGGCGGAGGACCAAGCAAGCUAGGCAUCGCACUCGCCAUAAUUUUUGCAAUUUCACUGCUAGCACUCUUCGCUGAGCUCUUCUAUGUCUUAUGGCGCCGCCGUGUCUUCCGCCGUCAAACCAAUUCGGUCGGCGUCGACGGAGAUGAAGCCUCGCACCACUCUUCGUCGGAAUCCACUUCCUCCUCCUCCAAGGAGCUACUCUAUUUCUUCUGUGUUAGACCUCAAUUCUGCCUCCAGCGCAACUCCGUGACCGCCGCUGAUACUGGAGAUGAUGAUCUCAUCAAUUCGAAUCAGCAAUCGGAUAUGGAAGUCAUCGAUAUCGACUUGAUGAAGAUUCAGGGGAUGUUUGGUCCUCCGAGAUUUUUGUUCACCAUCAAGGAAGAGGAGAGAGAAGACCUAGAUUCGCCUGCCUCGAAAUCAACGUUUCCGGUAGUCGCCGAAAAAGAAGCAAAUAAACAUGUAAUUAAUGAUGGCAAUAGAAGCAGGGUGUGCUUGGAGGAGUGUUUUAACGCCGUGGAAGAGCCGCCGCCGCCGCCCGUGGGAGAGUCGGUGGUGGUUGAGAUUGAUGAUACGACGCCGUUUUCGACGCCUUGCGCUUCACCUCUGUAUUUCACUCCCUCAGCUUCUCCAGCUCGCGAUCCGUCCGGUGGCCGGUCACCGGGACAAGGCUUCAUUCUUCAACAUAAAACUUCACCUUCAGAAGUGUAACGGUCGGUGUGUGCAACCACCGUACAAUUGUGGCGUUUGCCGUUUAUUCUCUCUCUCUCUCUCUCUCUCUCUCUCUCCCCUUUUAGUGUAUAUUUAAUUAUAUUAAUUAAUUAAUUAAUUAGCAUGAUUUGGGCAUUUUAGCUUCUUCAUCAACUAGUUUUUGUUUUACGUUUGGUUC